AUGGUGCCGACAAGGCAGUAUCAGUACAUCGACCUCGGGUCGGACGAGGUCGUGGGACGCAGACGCAUAGUCAGAGACAACGGCGUCGCAACGGGUCGUGGUCAAAACGAAGUGGUGGUGCAGUACCAGUACAUCGAGCAAGCAAGAGCGCCCAGGCAGCACUACAAGUUCCUGGACGUGGCUGCGGAGGAGCUGCGCGGCAGCUUCUACUCCCCUGCCGAUUCUGAGGAGCAGCUUCUCUACAGCGCGCGGCCCGUCAGGCUGGGCCAAUCUGGGCUGUACAAUGCCCGGUACCUGCUGCCACAGGUGGAGGAAGGCCCUCAAGAUGCUCGCCACCGUGCAGCAAAGGCUGCCGCGCUGGCCGAUUACACCGCCGCAGAAUCGCCGCCCGCCGCAAUGACAGAGCCGCCGGGCCCCUCGCAGCCCGAAUGGGUCCUCCCCUCAGCAGGUACCCCACAAUGGAACCCGGCUGCGGAAGAGUCGACUCCCGAGCGGCCGCCGCCGCGGCCGCCAGCGCCGCCGCCCGUCCCGGGACGGCCGGCCCGGGGCGCAGUUUUUGGAGAGAACGGGGUCGGCCUGGAUGACCCUGAUGUUGAGGAGCGGAUCAGGGCGGCCGGAAGGGUUCCGCCCCCGACGCCGGCGCCAUCGCCGUCGGAGCCCAGCCCCCUGCAGCAGCCGGGUGGCGUUCCUGCCAGGGGCAGGGCCCCUGUCGCGCACAGGCUGUUUGAUGAUGAGCUGGAGCCGGAGCCGGAGCCUGUUCUGGAGCGGCCUCCCUACGGGGGACCCACAACAGUCAGCAUGGACCUGCCAGAGCCCUUCAUCCUCAAAGACGAGGCGAGCGGGCGUUUGAAGAGGCAACGGGUGUCACAGGAGGGUGACCGGUUCGAGGGGACCUUCGAGAGCUACGAGGAAGUCACCAUCUUCGAUGACAACGCCCCUGUGCCAGCGCCCGCUGCGCGCCCGGCCGCUGCCAGGGCCCCCCGGCGUGCUGGGUUCCAGUGGAUUGACCCCAGGUCUGACGAAGCCACUGUGGACAGAGUCAAGCCCGCUGCCCAGCAGUACACCAGCUCCGCUGCAGUGCCUCCGCGCGCAGGACGGCGGGAGGAGGCGGGUGGAGGCUUCAGCUGGAUUGACACGAAGGCAGACGAGGUGAAGGUCGACAAAAUGGCCCGGCAUCAGCAGCCCACUGUGCGCGCGGCCGCCCGGCCGCCGCCGCCAAGACGGUACAUCGAAGAAGAGGAGCCCUUUGAGCAGCCGCCUGCAGCCCGCCUGCCAACAGAUCGCAGUCGCACUCCUGUCUCCGCUCUCAGGCCAGGCGCAGCUCGCGCUCCUUCAGCAGGCAAGACCACGGUUGAGCUGGCUGUAGAGGAAGCAGUGACCACCGGAGUGGUCAAGCCCGAUUCUGAAGUCGGCCCGCUGGCAGGUGCUGCAUUGACGAGGGAGACAACAACAGUGACAGCCGUGGAAAUUCAGGGGGAUGCAGAAAUAGACCCAGCUGCUGCAGCCCUUGCUCCUCAGCGGCCAAAAGGUGGGAAGCUGUCAGAGGAGGCAGAACAGGAGGAUGUUGUGUAUGAGGAAGAGGCCCCAAGGGCGCCAAGGCUGAUGAUCCCCCCGCUGCCGUUUGUGCCAAGGACCCCCCAGCAGCUGCCACCGCCGGGGAGGUCCCCCCUGCCGAAUGUGCCCAAGACCCCCCAGCCAGGUGCUAGUUCAGGCGCGGCCUCCUCCAGUGCCAACCUGAGGAAGUUCACACUGCCGCCGCUGCCUUUCCUGCCCAGGCCUCGCCAGCCCGAGAGGCCGGCUGCCCGGCAGGAGCCCGACCGGGCAGCCGUCUUUGAGCCGCCACCGGCCGCGCCCAGCCGGCGCCGCAUGCCCAUCCUAUUGCCCUUCAUCCCCUCCGCGCCUCAGCCGGCUCCCCAGGCGCUGCCUGCGCCCGCCGAAGCCCCAGGUGUUAAUGAGCGGCCGAGCGCGAGGGCCCGGCUGGCGCGCAUGUUCUCACGCAAAAAGAAGCCGCAGCCGCGAGCGCAGCCGGAUGUCAACGUGCUGCCUGCCCCCGUGCUGGUUCCCCCGACCCAAGUACCCCCGGCCACCGAGGUCCCCCCGCCCGCAACCGCCGCCAGGGAGGAACUCCUCCCCGCUGCCGGAGCGGGGGGCGCCCGGGCGGAAAUGCCACGCACGCCGCGGCCGGCCGUCUCGCCGGGACCGCCACUGGCGCCGCGGCGCGCGGCCGGGCCGACGGUGCCUGCACCCGCUGCCGAUAUUGAAGGUGUGGAGUUUGAAGAGGAGAAGGUGGCGCUUGAGGUCCCGGCAGUGCUUGAGGUCCCGGCUGCGGCCCCGGCAGAGGAAUUUGGCGUCCCAGAAGUUCCAGAGGAGCUGCUCAGCUCGGAGGAGUAUGUCCUGGUACCAUCCACGCCAGAGCUCAUCGCGCCCGCAUCUGCCGCGCAGACUCUGGCAGCGCCAGAACAGGCAAUGCCCUUUUCGUUGUUUUACAUCCCUUCUUCUUAG